AUGAAUUAUGCAGAGUUAUCUCCUUCAAAAGCUUUAUAUCCAAAGCCUUACUCAUCAUUACGCACCACAUACAAUUUGUCUGGUGCUCAGCGAAGAAGGGCCGGCUUAGAUUAUGGGCGCACCAACUACGAAUGCUUUGCAAAGUUGAAUUCCUUCAGGAUUCCGCUAUUUGCUUUGUAUCUCGACGAUCCCGCCACCAAUCUCCACUACGACAACAUGCUUUUCGCCCAGAUCGACGCCGUCCAUUUCGCCGUCGAGUCCUUGGGGUUCAAGGACGACGCGGUGUGCGUCCAGAUCUCCGAGACCGGCUGGCCCUCCAAGGGGGACACCGACGAGGCCGGAGCCACUCCGGAGAAUGCCAAGAAGUACAACGGCAACCUCAUCAACAAGCUGGUGUGCGGGAAGAAGGGGACGCCCAUGAGGCCCAACGCCGACUUGAACAUCUAUGUCUUCGCCCUUUUCAACGAGAACAUGAAGUCCAGCCCAACCUCCGAGAGGAACUACGGCCUCUUCAAGCCGGAUGACUCCUCGGCCUACUACAUUGGCUUCAACAGCACCGGUCUCCUUUCCACUUCCUCCAAUACCUCCACUACUCCUAGUAGUACUGGUAGUAGCAGCAGCAGCAGUAGUAGUGUUCCUCUUGGCUCCUCCUCCUCCUCCGGUAGCACCACUUCUUCCACAGCAGUAGUAGUAUCAUAA